AGAGUAGAUGGACAGAUUAGAAACAACAGUGAAGUUAUUUUGUUAUCCGUGGUUAUUUGAAGUCUAUAAGCAGUACAAUCGGAACAACAUUAUUUACGGAAAAAGAAAGCUGCAACGAUGCCAUCUGAAAGACAUUGUUUUUAAUAAUUCUUUGCUGAGUUGGCUCGCUCUCUCAGACAAGUACAAGUGCUUUCCAUUCCAUAGGAACGUACGCCUCUGAAUAGCAACGGCUUGUGUGAAAGUGUGACAUGUAUACGAUAUGGGAAAGUGGCGCAAGGAAGAUUGGGGAGAAAAUAAACGUAUGCGAAAGAGAAGCCGCUUACAAUGUUCGCCAGAUUAUCGUUUUAUCCUACACUUUUAUACAAUGUUGCCAUGGAGAAAUGUACGAAACGGAGAUGGUAUGACAGAAUUGACGAAACUGUGAUUUUAGGCGCACUGCCGUUUAAGUGGUUGACGACAAAGUUGGUCGAAGAAGAAAACGUCAAAGGAGUAGUCUCAAUGAAUGAGGAUUACGAACUAAGGAUACUGUCAAAUAAUAAUAAGGACUGGGAGAGGCUAGGAAUAAGAUUUCUUCAAUUGUCAACUACUGACAUAUUUGAAGCACCAUGCCAAGGAAAACUCUCACGAGGUGUGGAAUUUAUUGAGGAAGUGAAACAAAGUGGCGGCAGCGUUUACGUACACUGUAAAGCAGGACGUACCCGUAGUGCCACUCUUGUUGGUUGCUACCUUAUGAUGAAAAAUAAAUGGACUCCAGAAGAUGCAGUGAAACAUAUGAAGAGGAAAAGGCCUCAUAUUCUGUUGCACACUAAACAGUGGGAUGCUCUCAAGAUGUACCAUAAAAAUAAUGUAAAAUGUUAACGGAUCAAUGUACUAGAAUUUUAUGAAAAUCAGUCCACUUUUUAAAAGUGUUCUGAUAAUGUUAUUAGCUGUUGAACUUUGUAAGAUGUGUUGAAAGAGAUUUUUUAAUGAAUGAUGGAAUAAAAUGUUUUGCAUGUAA